AUGGACCAAGAAUCCUUUAGGCGAUUACUAGAAACCUCUCGCAAGAGCGGCGACGCUGCAAGGCCUGGCGUACGACCAAAAUCAAUCUCUAAACAUAAAACAGUCGACGCCUCGCAACCUGCAUUCCAACCGCGGAAGGUGAAGAAAGCAUCCAAUGCGGAGUACAGGGAUAGAGCUUCCGAGCGGAGGGGAGGAAAGGGCAACGAUUACGCUCAGGUUGAGGCCCUUCUCGAAGACUUCGAACGUCGAAACGCUGAUGCAGAUAAAGAUGAUGUCGAAGAACAGCGGAAGUACCUCGGUGGUGAUGGCGACCAUUCCAUUCUUGUGAAGGGUCUCGAUUUUGCUCUGCUCGAACAAAAUAAAGCUCGUGCGACGCUCUCGACCGAGGACGACGACUCUCUAGAGGUUGCUUUUGCCGAGGCAUCUACGAUAGGGCACACUGCCGACGCCGCGCAAAAUUCUGACGGCUCCAAGAAACGUACGAGAGCAGACUUACUUCGCGAGCUCAAGGAGAAGCGUGAGGCGUCUAGCGGUCAGGAAAAAGUAAUUACUCCUGCCGACGAGGUGAAGAAACUCGAACAAGCGAAGAAAGCAGGCAAGUUCAAACCUAUCGGAUUCAAGCCAAUAGGUGAGGCGGAGGAGAAAGCGAAGAGGAAGAAGGCUACCAAAGAUGGCAAGGACGGAGAGCGGAAAAAGAAGAAGAGAAAGGUUGAGCAGCGCAACGAGGACCUCACAACUUCCACACCCACAGCGCAAUCUGCUAACUCUGAAAGCACAAAGAGCCUCGAAUCGACUACUCCAUCUCAGCCCCCCGCUCUUAAUGUCGCAGUAGCUCCACAGGAAGAGCUUGCCCCAGAUGAUUUUGACAUCUUCGAGGGUGUGGGUGAGUACGAAGGCAUUGACCUAGGUGACGACGAUGAAGAAGGCGAGCACCAUGCUUCCCCGCCUCCAGGCGAGGAACCGCCCGCCCCUGUGCGACCUGGUGGUUGGUUCGUAUCAGAGGACGGCGAAUCCUCCGCCCUUCCACAGGAUUCGCGGCCGCCACCAUUGCCGAUCGCGGAUGCUGCUCCUCUUGGACAACAAGGAGAGGCGGAGGUAGAGGCGGAGGUAGAGGGGGCUCCAAUGCGACUGCAGCCUUUGGAAUCUUCUGCUUUACCUUCUAUCAAGGACUUUCUGGCUAUGGACGAGGCUGCUGAGAAAGAUGCGAAACGAAGGAAACGUAAGGAGAAGAAGAAAGCUGGCGGUGGAGGCGGGGGUGGCGAGGGUGAGGGAAGUACGAUGACUGCUGAAGCGCGAGCAGAGAGGGAUUACAAGCGGUUGAAAACGUAUCAGGCGAAGAAAGGUAGUUCAUAG